GAAGAACCAUCGAGGCCUUACCGGGCAAUUCCCUAUCGCAGAAACAGCAAGUUCACCGGCCGUAAACACCUCAUUGAGUCGAUAAAGGAACUUUCCCAGGGUGACUGUCACCACCGCAUUGCGCUUCACGGAUUAGGCGGUUGUGG